CUUGAGAGGAAGUCCUCGGACCAGCAGCUGUGUGGUUAGAAGAAGAGCAUACUCUACAGGACACUGUGAUCAUUAACAAUGAAGGAACUCUCCUCCAUCGUGCUGCUGCUUUCUUUUGCUCACAUUUGUUUCCUCUGUGCUUUUCUGGAUGAAGCUCGCGCUCAGGAAGGUCCAGCCGGUGAUGCCCUCCAGCAGGGGUUGACAUGGCAACAUAAUGGGCAGGUUUUCAGCAUCCUGAGCCGCGGCUCUCAGUACAGGCCCUCAGAGAGGAGGCAGAGCGGGUCAGCCGGCCGCGAUAACCCCGUGGUUGUUCUCAGCAGCGCUAACGACACGACCCGGGGCUCCCCGCGGGUCCCUGCGGCCAGCAGCUCGGCGCAAUUGCGCGCCAUGACGCACCAGCGGCGGCAGCGGCCUCUGCCCGGCAGCGAAGGCGGCACUGGCACUGUCGGACGGGAAGACGAGAUGGUCGGAGAUGAUCCCUACAACCCGUACAAGCCGUCCAACUAUGACCCUUACUAUAACUACUACAACUCUUACUACAGACCUCGACCUCGGGUUCCUCCCCGACCCGGUUAUGGCACCAGCUACCACCAGAACGGACUCCCUGAUCUGGUUCCUGAUCCAUACUACAUCCAGCUCGCCACCUACGUGCAGAGACUGCCCAUGUACAACCUGCGCUGUGCCGCAGAGGAGAACUGCCUCGCCUCGUCCUCUCGUUAUUCUCAGGAUUAUGACACCAGAGUUUUGCUGCGGUUUCCUCAGAGGGUGAAGAAUCAGGGAACGGCCGACUUCCUGCCCAGCAAACCUCGAUAUGCCUGGGAGUGGCACAGCUGUCAUAAUCACUUCCACAGCAUGGACGAGUUCAGCCUGUACGAGCUGAUGGAUGCCCGAACUUACAGUCAUGUGGCUGAGGGUCACAAGGCCAGCUUCUGUCUGGAGGACACUUCCUGUGACCCAGGAUACUAUCGUCGCUUCGCGUGCACCUCGCACACUCAGGGUUUGAGUCCAGGUUGCUAUGACACCUACAAUGCUGACAUCGACUGUCAGUGGAUCGACAUCACUGACGUCUCUCCUGGAAAGUACAUCCUCAAGGUGACAGUGAACCCCAGGCAGCAGGUUCCAGAGUCCAACUUCAACAACAACGUGGCUCGCUGUGACGUUCAGUACACGGGCACCGCGGCACACGUCUCCGGAUGCACCGUGACAGCCUACUGAGGUGACUCCUUGGAUACGAGAAGACGGACACAGACAGACGACGCGGAGCCGCACGGGAGUUACAGUUUCAGUUUGUUCACAUGUGAGUCAGAUGAUUCAAAUAUACUCAGGAAACACCUGAAGUAGGGACGAUAUGCUGAUUAGUAUUUUAGUAUUUUCACGUUACUGUGGAUGUCAGUAGUUCUGAUUCAUUACAUGUGUGCUGUAUUGCUACACUUUUUGCUUACGUACUGGAGUUACUGGUGUCUUACUUUUUUUAAAACAUUUUGUUUUUAUAUCCAACAUAAAACUUUGUGACAGAAGCUCAUUUUCACCAUAAGCUGAUUAGAUUCAGUUUUUGAUGGGACAUCAUUUCAGGGCCGAGUGAGUAUCAAUUUGUCAGCUUUGAUAUCAUUUAUUUUUUUCCUUUGAUUUCAUCUUCCUGUGACCUCUCCAGCUUUUCCUUUGUUAGACUUCAAACAACGAUUUCCUGAAACCAAAGAGUUUAUUUUGUGAUUGCACAGAAACCUGCAUGCUCUCUCUGUGCUCCUGCUUUUACCUGUAGUAUUAAUUUAAUGUUUGAAACUUUAAACUCUGCUUGGUGAGUUUCUCAGCGUUUUCACAUGAACUGGACUCACAGUUCAGCUUUAAACAUCCUGUAAGGUUUAAUAUGCUUCAUUGGUGCUACAGAUAAGAGCCGGAGUUUGGUGCUAAAAUAUGAAGAAGUGUGUGUGUGUGUGUGUGUGUGUGUGUGUGUGUGUGUGUGUGUGUGUGUGUGUGUGUGUGUGUGUGUG